AUUUGUAUUGUAUAUUAAAAGGAAGUAGUCAACAGUAAAUAAAGCAACUCGGUUUCCUAAUUGUGCCACAGUUUCCUAGUAGAUUUUGGCUAUUGUUUUUGUUAUAAAUCAAAUAAGUUUCCACAGUUUCUAUUCAAAGGUUCAAAACAAAGACUACACUUUGGUGUCUGAAGUACAAUGUUGGUUAGCCUUCUGAUCUUCAGUGUUUUAACUUCCAGCACAUUGGCAGCUUUCAGGAGUGUCUGCUAUUAUACCAACUGGUCCCAGUAUCGCAACGGGAGAGGAAAAUUCGUACCAGAGAAUGUAGAUCCCAACUUGUGCACCCACCUUAUUUACGCCUUCGGAAAGCCAGAGGGAACAACCAUAGUUCCUUUUGAGUGGAACGAUGAUUCCACAGACUGGAGCCAAGGCAUGUACGAGAGAGCCAUAAAUCUAAAACAAAGGAAUCCCAAUUUAAAAGUCCUGCUGGCUAUCGGAGGAUACAACAUGGCAUCCGACCCGUUUACGUCAUUCGUGUCUGACAGUGGCAAGCGAGCAGAGUUUGUGAAAAAUGCAAUCGAGUUUCUGCGGAAACGGAACUUUGAUGGGCUUGACAUGGACUGGGAAUAUCCAGGUCAGAGAGGUAGCCCACCUGAAGACAGGGAACACCUGGUCUUGCUUAUGCAGGAACUCUGGAACGGUUUUCACCACGAAGCUUACGUCUCUAACAAACCACGUCUGCUGCUGACUGCUGCAUUUCCUGCGGGGAAAGAGAGCAUUGAUAUUGGCUAUGACAUUCAAGGAGUGAUCAAUUUUAUCGACUUCAUCAACAUUAUGACCUACGACUUCCACGGGAGCUGGGAAUCUUACACUGGACUUAACGGACCUUUGUUCGCCCACCCCAGUGACCACGGCAACGACAGCUACUUAAACUUGGACUGGGCUGUCCAGUACUACCUUCAACUAAAUGCGCCUAAAGAUAAACUCAACGUUGGCAUAUCUACGUAUGGACGCUCUUUCCUGCUGGACAGUGCUUCAAACAAUGGCAUCAGGGCUCCAGCGGCACAGCCAGGCGAUGCUGGGAAAUACACAGCAGAAAAAGGUUUUGUCUCUUAUUAUGAAGUGUGUGAGCUGAUCAAAGCAGGGGCUCAGGUCGUCGACGUGCCUACACAACGUGGACGUUACCUGGUCAAGGACAGACAAUGGAUAGGUUACGAUGACAUACAGACAGUCACGGAGAAGGCUUGCUAUACCAGACAGCAUGGGUUUGGGGGAGUAAUGUUUUGGGCGGUGGACCUUGAUGACUUCUUGGGACAGACAUGUGGACAAGGGAAGUAUCCACUGAUGACCGCUGUCCUGAGAGAGAUGACUAGUACCUCAUUCGCCAACUGUCCUGUGAAAUGGUCUGAUCAGACCACUUUGACCACAAGACAAUCCACAGCGUCCACAACGCAGAGAACGUCGUCGCCCACCACUCAGAGCACAACUGUCAGCACACAAAGAACCACAACAACAGAAAUGACCACAAAUGAAGCAGUCCAGUUCGAUUGCAGUGACAAACCAAAUGGUGUGAUGUACCCUAACCCAGACUCUCCCUCCACAUUUUAUGAGUGUUAUAACCAGGUUGCUCAUUUAGCCUACUGUGUUGUAGGUCUCCAGUUUGAUCCAGCUCUAAAUAGAUGUGAUUUCCCACCGACCACGACAGUUCAACCUAAUGAAAAACCAGAUUCCACUGAGCAGCCAAUUACAACUGAACCAGUACCAACAAGUGCUGUGUUUGACUGCACAAAUAAACAGAACGACUUCUACCCGGAUCCUACAUCGUGCAAUAGUUUCUACGUUUGUCUAAAUCAGACGUUACUUCAAGAAAGAAAAUGAUUACGUGCUACGCAUCAUGCCGAUUCACUGGUUUUCCUGGCUAGCUCAGGCGAUCCAUUCCAUGCUCCAAUAGCACUAGGGAAGAAGGAGUAUUUGUACAAAUUUUUCCUAGCGUAUGGAACGGAAAUGUGCCUUUAUCUUUGUGUCUUUCUGAGUAUUUUAUUAAAUUUUGUUUUUGUAUUUCAA